UCGGAGCGAUAACUGAGUGAAACCACUUUAAUACUUUCCCCUAAUAAAAAGUAUUUCUUCUUCCCCAAGCCGCUUUCGCUUGCUUUAAGAGUUUAGGUAUCGAGCACCUCAGUCGAGUCUCGCUUGCUAUUCUCCUUUAUCAAAUAAUCAUCCGAUCUACGAUCCCUGCAAUCGAUUCCUCUUCUGUUUUAUCAUGGCUCCGGACCCAAACAGCGCCAGUGGCAGCGGCACUGCCAGAGAGGAGACUUCGUUGAAGGUGCCGUCUAAGGACCCCAAAAAGAAGGACGAGAAGAAGGAUGAGGAUCUGUCAGAUGAGGACCUGGCGUUGAAGCAGCAGUUGGAGUUAUAUGUGGAAAGGGUUCAGGAUCCUGAUCCUGGGUUGCAGAAGGUUGCUUUAGAGAGUAUGAGGCAGGAAAUUCGAACAUCAACAAGCUCAAUGACCUCCGUUCCAAAGCCAUUGAAAUUUCUUCGACCACAUUAUGGAACUCUAAAGGCAUAUUAUGAAAUAAUGGCUGACUCAGAUUUGAAGAAGUACUUAGCAGAUAUACUGUCAGUUUUGGCAUUGACCAUGUCUGCUGAGGGAGAACGGGAGAGCUUAAAGUACCGACUGUUGGGCUCAGAAGGUGAUAUUGGCUCAUGGGGCCAUGAAUAUGUCAGGAACUUGGCUGGAGAAUGUGCUCAAGAAUAUGCAAAACGACAGACUGAAGAAUCCUCAAUCGAAGAUCUAAUGGAACUUGUAACACAAAUUGUUGCUUUUCACAUGAAGCACAAUGCUGAACCUGAAGCAGUUGACCUUUUAAUGGAGGUUGAAGACCUUGAUCUUUUGAUUGAUCAUGUGGACAAAACAAAUUUCAAAAGGACCUGCCUAUAUCUUACCAGUGCAGCAAGAUACCUUCCUGGACCAGAUGAUAUGCUAGUUCUUGACAUUGCUUAUAUGAUAUACCUCAAAUAUGAAGAAUAUUCAAAUGCACUCCAGAUUGCCCUAUUCCUUGAUAACAUGCAGUAUGUGAGGCAGGUUUUUACGGUUUGUGAUGAUUUGCUCCGAAAGAAGCAAUUCUGCUAUAUUGUUGCUCGACAUGGUAUUACUUUUGAGCUUGAUGAUGAAAUGGCUGCAGAUGAUGAGGACAGAGAAGCAUUGCAGGAAAUCAUCAACAAUACCAAGUUAAGUGAAGGUUAUCUAACCCUUGCUCGUGAUAUAGAGGUCAUGGAGCCCAAAUCUCCUGAAGAUAUCUAUAAGGCACAUUUGCUUGAUGGGCGGGCUAGUGCUGGUGCUAGUGUUGAUUCUGCUAGACAAAAUCUGGCUGCUACUUUUGUCAAUGCAUUUGUAAAUGCAGGGUUUGGUCAGGAUAAGUUGAUGACAGUUCCAUCAGACUCUUCAAGUACUGGUACGCCGGGAAAUUGGCUUUUCAAGAAUAAAGAACAUGGAAAGGCCAGUGCUGCCGCAAGUCUGGGAAUGAUCUUACUAUGGGAUGUUGACUCUGGACUUGCUCAAAUCGAUAAAUAUUUCCAUAGCAAUGACAACCAUGUAAUUGCUGGUGCACUACUAGGAGUUGGGAUUGUCAAUUGUGGCAUCAAAAACGAUUGUGAUCCUGCACUGGCUCUUCUUGGUGAUUAUAUAGACAAGGAAGAUUCUUCUAUCAGAAUUGGGGCAAUAAUGGGUCUUGGGAUUGCAUAUGCAGGUUCUCAGAAUGAGCAGAUUCGCAGUAAAUUAUCCCCCAUUCUUAAUGAUGCAAAAGCACCCCUUGAUGUAAUUGCAUUCACUGCAAUCUCACUGGGCUUGAUAUAUGUGGGUUCCUGCAAUGAAGAAGUUGCACAGGCCAUUAUAUUUGCAUUAAUGGACCGAAGUGAGUUAGAAUUACAAGAGCCCCUUACUCGUUUCUUGCCUCUUGGCCUUGGUCUUCUAUACCUUGGGAAGCAGGAAAGUGUGGAGGCCACAGCAGAAGUUUCAAAGACAUUUAAUGAGAAAAUCAGAAAAUACUGCGAUAUGACACUGCUUUCUUGUGCUUAUGCUGGGACUGGGAAUGUUCUCAAGGUUCAAAACCUCCUAGGUCAUUGUGCACAACAUCUUGAGAAGGGUGAAACCCACCAGGGACCAGCUGUGCUAGGAAUUGCUAUGGUUUCUAUGGCAGAGGAAUUGGGGCUUGAAAUGGCAAUUCGAUCAUUGGAGCAUCUUUUGCAAUAUGGGGAACAAAAUAUCCGUCGCGCUGUUCCUUUGGCUCUUGGUCUUCUUUGCAUAUCAAACCCAAAGGUUAAUGUUAUGGACACAUUAAGCAGACUUAGUCAUGACACAGAUUCAGAAGUUGCAAUGGCUGCGGUUAUUUCCUUAGGUUUGAUAGGUGCAGGAACCAAUAAUGCCCGAAUUGCUGGCAUGCUACGCAAUCUUUCUAGCUAUUACUAUAAAGAUGCUAGCCUUCUGUUCUGUGUGCGAAUUGCUCAAGGUCUUGUACAUUUGGGGAAAGGCUUACUGACUCUAAAUCCUUAUCACUCCGAUCGUUUCUUGUUAUCACCAACGGCUCUUGCUGGUUUAACCACCAUGCUUCAUGCAUGUCUAGAUAUGAAAGCUAUCAUCUUGGGAAAGUAUCAUUAUGUUCUCUAUUUCCUUGUUUUGGCAAUGCAGCCCCGUAUGUUGAUGACUGUGGAUGAGAAUCUCAAACCUUUAUCUGUACCUGUUCGUGUGGGACAAGCUGUUGAUGUUGUUGGUCAGGCGGGUCGGCCCAAGACUAUUACUGGUUUCCAGACCCACUCAACGCCUGUGCUUCUGGCUGCAGGCGAUAGAGCUGAGCUGGCCACUGAGAAGUAUAUUCCUCUUUCACCCAUUCUAGAAGGCUUCGUCAUCUUGAAGGAGAAUCCUGAGUACAGGGAAGAUCAUUAAUUCUUAAUCGGGUUAUGAAAUGGAGCCUUUGAGGUAUCAGGUUGUCUUGCCUAAUAGCUUAAAGGUCGGAGAAUCAAAUUUUGUUUGGGAAUUUGGGCAAGGUGGUUAUCAUGGAUGCAGGUCAGACCUUUUGUUGCUUCCCUCUCCCGUUUCUCUGAGCACAGCAGAACAUUGUGAAACUAGGCACCCAGUUGAGAGGGGGGGACAACACGCCUAAACUGAUAAGUUAUGGUUUCUAAUUUUCUAGUGAAUGUAUAUUGAACAUGGUGGCCCUUAGGUCUCCUAUUUAAUGCUGCUCCCAAUGUGGUAGUUGAUUGUCAGUAGAAUUUCUUUUUGAAGUUUUAACUUAAUUGCAGUGCUGUUUUAUUUUGAUUUUU